AUGGCUGAACAAGGUGAUAAGGUGAUAGCUGAAAGUGAGGCUUCAAAUGUAACAAGUCAAGCUGAAAUAACUCAGUCAACUAGUGCUAAAAAAAAGAGAAAAAGGUCUGUCGCGUGGGAUCAUUUUACAGAAGUUGAAACUUCCGAAGGUACGAAAGCAAAAUGUAGCCAUUGCUACAAGGUGUAUUGUUUUAAGUCAAGAGACGGUACGUCCACUCUUCUUGGUCAUUUGAUGACAUGUCCUAAGCUUCCUACUCCUCUUGUUGAUAAAAAACAAUCAACCAUAGGCUUUAAAUCUAUUCCGGGGGGUACUCAAGGUGACGUAGCUGUUGUCUCUUGGAAAUUUGACCAAGAAGAGUGUAGGAAGGCUUUAUGCUGUAUGGUUAUAGUGGAUGAACUUCCUUUUAGCUUUGUCGAAAAAGAAGGUUUUAGAGAAUUUAUGAAAAUGGCGCAACCUCAUUUCUGGAUCCCUUCCCGUAGUACUGUCACUAGGGACUGUUUUAAUCUUUUUAAUGAAGAAAAGCAAAAGUUGAGGAGGUAUUUUAUAGAAACAAAACAGAGAGUCUGUAUUACAACUGACACAUGGACUUCUAUACAAAGAAUUAAUUACAUGUGUAUCACUGCCCAUUGGAUCGAUAGUGAUUGGAAUAUGCGCAAGAAAAUACUUAAUUUUUGUCCUAUUAUUAGUCAUAAAGGUGAAGAUAUGACAAAUGGUAUUAGUAGAUGCUUACGUGAGUGGGGGAUAAAUAAGAUCUUUACUGUCACAGUUGAUAAUGCAAGCUCAAAUGACGUGACAGUAAAAGAAUUGUCUAAACAAUUAACAAAAAUGGGAACUAAUUUGAUGAACGUUAGAUAUGUUAGACAGUCUCCCGCGAGGUUGAAAAGAUUUCAAGAAAGUUGUGAUGAUGAACAAAUCAAUUGCAAAAAAUCUUUAUGUUUAGAUGUCCCAACUAGGUGGAACUCCACCUAUCUGAUGUUGAGUAGGGCUGUUGAAUUUGAGAAUGCAUUUUCAAAUUAUGCUUCUCGUGAAAUCAGCCUGAGACAUUAUCUUGAAAAUUCUUAUGUUGAAGUUGGAAUUACUGCCGGUGAACUUUUGAGUAGUGAUUGGGUCCAUGUGAAAAGAAUUACGAGAUUUCUUGAGAUCUUUUAUCUUCUUACUUUGAAAAUAUCUGGAUUACGUUAUGUUACGUCAAAUAUUCAUUUUCUUGAAAUUUGUGCGGUUGCUGUUUAUUUGAAUAAAUUAAUGGCAAGCGAAGACACUGGUUUAAGUGAUAUGGCAAAGAAGAUGAAAGAAAAAUUUAAUAAGUAUUGGGGAGAUCCAACAAAAAUGAACAAGAUAAGUUUCAUUUCAUGUAUUUUGGAUCCUCGUUACAAGCUUGAAUCAGUUGGCUAUGCACUUGUAAAGAUGUUUGGAACGCAAGGGCCAUCUAUACAAGCAGAAGUAAAGAAGUACAUGACUUCAUUGUUUAGCGAGUAUGUAAAAUCAAGCUCAAAAGGCAGUGUGCACCUUGCUCUUCAAUGGACACGUCUACUUCCGGGCUUUCUAGCAGUGAAGAAAGUACCCAAAGUAUAG